GGAGUGCUCUGCACGGCUUUCCCGCGGAAUCUUUUGGAAGACCAUGCUUAGAGGUGGGGAUGCACGUGCCAUGGCUUUUGUUAUUGAGAUUGUCGUAAUAUCGAAGCUCGAGCCGCGUGCACGAGAAUCGUGCAUCUACGCACGCGUGACCAUGUUGCGCGCAACCACGAGGGGGGAUAACAUGGCGGUGCUCGAUCGCCGUUAGUCGAUGUUCAGACACUGGCACUGGCGGAUUUCGAUCAUCCCUCCGUACUGUCAGGAUGAAGGAUCGUUCUGACUGAAAGCUCGCAUACCGUGCAGUUAUCGUUCCACGAUUCUAUAACAUGGUUUAAUGGUCUGCUGAGAUUAAAUUCGAACAAUUCCGUAACCUCGAUCGCUAAAUCGUUCGCAAAUACGUGCGUUAAGUGACGUUUGUAAGUGUGUUCUAAUAUCGAUUUAAAGCGCGAUUGGGGAUUUAACUAACGAGGAAAUUCAAACGUUAGCAUCACGAAAGUGAUUCUGUAAUUAAUCGGUGCUGGACUGAGUGAUUGACAACGGAACCAGAGAAUACUGAUACCUGAUUACGAGAAACAUUUGUUUGGAAAUCCUCGUGGCUACAUCCCACGCUUAACCUGCAAACCGAUUACUCGUUGCAAAAUGGCUCCGACCAUUUGCCUGUCGGAGCUGCCAGCGGUAAGGAAAUCAACGAUCCCGUGUUCUCGUCGACGACAAAGAGUUUCCAAUGGAACCGUUGCGAAGCAACAGAGAUUCGAGUUGAGGAGGAUGGAGAUAAACACGCCGCGGCACGAUAAAGCGUCUUUAACGCCGCCAGAAAGUCCUCUCUGGGAACCAGAGUGUCCAAACGACUCCUGCGUCCCAACUGUCGUCAGUUCUUCGGCUCCGAACGUUUCUGCUCGAGUACCAACGGACGCGGAGGAACAUUGGAGAGUGUUCCUGGCGCGGCGGAAAGGUCUUCUAGACAUCGUUGUGCGCACAAUGGCCCUCGUGCGACGGAACAACAUCCUUCAGGAAAGGGUGAACGCACUGAGCGCGGAGACACGUGACUUCAUCCACUCGGUGCUAAAUAAUCCCGAGAACAAGUGCGUGCAACAGAGAUUGGACGCGUCGGAUUGCAAGGACGCGGACGUGUCGUCCUCGACGGAGGAGACCAUACCAAGACCGUCUCUACCACCGACUCCAGACACUACGUAUUCUUCGUCGAACGAUGUCACGUCUAGUUGCGAUAGCAGCGAACACGACACCGAACAGUCUUUCUCAGAGGACGACGAAUCGUAAACCUCGAAUCCGCGUGUACGUGCAAGAGGAAUAGGUAAUCCCUAAGUGGGAAUGAAAAGAAACAUAUUAAAAAAUCUAUGGUCGAUCGUUGACUAUCCGACGAUGAUACAAUCGCUUCUUGAUUACGUUAAGUAAAUUGAAUUUUCCAUUUCUAUACAUAUUGACCCUCGGAAGAUGUAUGAUUUUGUGAGUUACGAAGGUACAAGGUCAUUUUCUUCUGGAAUUGAGAUUUUAUCGUAUAAAUAUGAUACUUAUGACGAGAUUACGAUUUCCGUGGCGUCGGAAUUUUACUGUGUUUUUAUUUAUACAGGGUGUCCCAAAAAUGUUGUAACACCUUGAAAGAGGUGGUUCGGGAGAUGAUUUGAAACAACUUUUUCUUUAGCGAAAAUGUUGUCCGAGGUUUCGUUAAGGAGAUAUUAACAGAAAACAUUGACCAAUCAGAGCGCGAGUAUGACGGUUGAGCGUAGGCUACGCGAUAGGCGGCCGCUCCAACGGCCUGUAUAUCUGAAUUAUCGGGAGGUAAGACAGUCAACGCUGAUAAGUCUCCAUCGUUUAUGUUUAUGACGUAACGACCGCUGGCGAUGCCGCGUUCUUCUAUGCGACCUAGUCCGUAUAUCUGUCGCAGGGAAAUGAUAAAAAUAGAGAUUUGAACAAAUCCCUAAGGUAGAUGAUCAAUUCACGGGAGAUGUUAAAAUAACAAGUCCGUAAGGUCAUUUCUCUAAAGAAAGUAAGUGAUUUGAUCAAAUCCCUUAACUGUUUUAGUGUAAAGAUGAAAUAAUAUUGUUUAGAUAUUAAAAGUAUUAAUUUAGUAAAUCAUGCGUUAUUAAGUGUAGAGUAGGUAAUACAACAAUAGUCGUAGAAACAUGAAUUAUUUAUUAAUUACAUUCCCUAAAAAUAUUCUUUUUGUUUUUUAAAAUAUCAGCUUAAGUACCUAUUUCUUUUGCUAAUUAGUCUCGAAUAAAUAAUUUAUAUUUCUAUGAGUAUUGUUGUAUUACCUAUUCUACUUUUAAUAACGCAUGAUUUACUAAAUAAAUACAUUCAAUAUCUAAACAAUAUUAUUUCAUCUUUACACUAAAACAGUUAAGGGAUUUGAUCAAAUCAUACUAUUUCAUCUUUUCGUUAAAACAAUUAAGGGAUUUGAUCAAGUUAUACUAUUUCAUCUUUUCGCUAAAACAGUUAAGGGAUUUGAUUAAAUCACUUACUUUCUUUAGAGAAAUGACCUUACGGACUUGUUAUUUUAACAUCUCCCGUGAAUUGAUCAUCUACCUUAGGGAUUUGAUCAAAUCUCUAUUUGUAUCAUUUCACUGCGACAUAUCGACACAAUCUCACCUUUAGAGUUAAAGAUUGGACAACCACUCGUGUCGGGGUCGCCACUCCAGUGACUGGCUCUAAUAAAAUUAUAACUUCUGUCAACUUCGAUUGAACGCAUCUCAUAAAAUAAGACGUCGUCUCUAGUUGAGAAAUUGCUCUUAGGGUUCUACACCAAUAAAUAUUGUCCGAUUCUUCUAGACGGACUGAUAACGCACAAAAUCUCACCUACUUCAGCUUUUGCAAAUUUGAAAGUUCUCUCUCCGUAGACGAAUCUCUCUCCAAGUCUUCACUCUCUGAUGAGUGGAAUAUUUUAUCCCAUGUAUACGUCAUUCUCGCGCGUAUCAAAGUAACGUCAUUACCAUAGAUCACACGAAAGGAAGUGAAUAAAUUGGCCAUAUCGCCAAAACAACAACCAGAAUCUGAAGCAGAUAUGUUUUUAUGCAUAUAAUUUGUUAGAAAAACAAUGCCGCAAUUCUCUAUCAUGUUUAGUUUAUAAAUUAUGUUCAUUAUAAAUAUGAUGUUAUCAAACUUUAAAUAAAUGUUACUUUUAAACUAAACGUGAUAGAGAAUUGCGAUUUACGGCAUUGUUUUUCUGAUAAAUUAUAUUAAAUAAAAACGCAAUCAAAUCAUGGUGCCACGGAAAUCGUAAUCGUGGCAUAUAUUUAUGUGUUUCUCUGUGAGAGUUAAUAAGUGAAAAUGAAGAGCAGGGAAAUGAGAAUAUUUGGAUAAUCUAGGAUGAACAUGAUGCGCAUUACUUGCAUUAAGUACAGAGAAAUGUCUUGUUUUUACCAUCAGCUAAGUCUACAGAGUUAUUAAAAAAUUUACAAUAAUAUUCUACAUCUCAAAAGUAAAAACAGAAUCUGAAUAAACAUGAGCCAGCAAACUAAUUAUUACUGAAAUUCAGCUGCUAAGUCGAAACAUGAACUAUAUUUUGGUUCAAAAGUAGUUUCCAGACUAAUAUAACAAAUGGAAUGAAUAUGAAAGAAUCUUAACAAUAAUUUUAUCUGACCUGUUGUUAAUACUAAAUAAUAGAAAUGCUUCUAUACUAUCCAUCAUAUAACACUCCAACAUAUAAAGCCGGCGACUGACUUGCAACAGAACGCUGUAAUGUAACUGCUCGGCAUGAAUUGUACGGUUCGACACCAACGUUACAAGGUCGUUUUUGAAAUCACGAAUGCUCGCUUCGAACUCUCGGCUGAAUUCUCUCUCAAUGCUUCCUACUCAAUUCAGUGAAAAGUAGACGAUCAAAGAGGUUCCUCAAAAAACCGACAGACCAGUGGAGCACGGUCGAGCGCGAACCGUUCGCAAGAGUCCGUCCAGACUAAUUGUAAGCGAAUGCUCGCGUUACAUUACAAUGUUCUGUUGCAAGUCAGUCGCCGGCUUAAGACUCCAUCAGUUGAGUUACUUGAAACAGGUGUUAAAUUCAGUAGUCAUUCAACUAGAGUCUAACUAUACAUGUAUACUUUGAACAGAUAACAUUUGAGAUAUAGAAUAAAUUUUAACACUUUUAGAUUUACACUCUAUUGUGUAACUACCUAACAAUUAAUGAAUCAAACAUUAAGUUUUUCGUUAAUUUAAUUUUGCAUACUAUGUGUGUUAAAAAUUUCAUCAACGAUACUGUAAGAAAUAAAGAAUAGAAUAGAGCUUCAAGAAGAGAUUGUACAGAAUUGUUUGUAAUGUAUAGUAAAACGAAUUUGAAAGAAAUCAUUUUCUCACGGUGGCUUCACUGAAUUCAUUGAAAAUUUCAACCCAGUUCUUUUUCGUGAAGAUACAUCAGUAGUUUGUAAGUUCUACCCAGCUAACUUUUACAAAAGAAUUGUGAAAAGAAUUGGGUUGUACUGACUCGUAUAUUGAGAAUAUUAAGUAUGAAACGUUUAAUAAUAGUCUUCGAGCAGAAGAAGCUUAUGUAUCAGUGAAGUAGUUAGAUAGAAAACUAUAAAAGGAGUAUCAAUCUAUCAGAACAACGCAACUUGUAACAUAUUGUUGCUAAGUAGAAAUAUUGCAAUCAAUUGGUAACAUUGAAGAUUCACACUUUGAUUGUGGUCCAUUGAAGACAGAGCACUAGCGUGAAAUGAAUCUUAUUCAAUAAAAUGCAGAAUUAUAUCUACUUUAAUUAUGAGCCAAUUUAAAUUAAAACGCUCUGCAAAUUCGUGGCUGUGAAAUUUUGUAUUUGCACGUGUAAUUGUAUCUUUUUUUUUCUCUCUCUCUCUUUCUUAUUUACGAAACAACAAUUUCGCUAUAACUAAGAUUCGCAUAAAUGAAAAAUUGCGUAUCUUUUUGAACAAAUGAUACCUUGAAACGGUUGAACAUUUUCGAUUAAUUGAAUAUAAGUACUUUAAGAAAUUAAUAAUUACAUUGCACAGAAUCAGCAAUGCAAGCUUUUUAAUAUGGAUAAAAAUGUUAUUCUCAAUUUUCUCGUGUAUCUAAUUGGCAUUGAAACGUUAUGAAAAGGUAUUUAAAAGUGGAUUGUACUAUGUAUAAAAUGAACAUGUUCAUUUAUAAUUUAUUUAUAGAUAUUAUUAUGCAAUUAAUAAUAGAAAUAUAGAAAUAGAAAAAUACAACUUCAAACCAUCAGAGUUUAAAGAAAAUAUGUUAAACUCCAUCAACUCAUAAAUAAAACUAGGAAAAAAUACUUGAUAUUAAUUUGUUGCAAUUUACAGACAUUAAAUAUAACGAUCAACAUGUUAAAUACCUUCCUUUUUACAAUUUAUAUGCAUUUACUAUUCCCAUUGUAAAUGCAAUACUUAUAAAGUCUAACAAUAAGAGUAAUUAGUGUAUCUUCAAGAGGUUUGAUACAAAUAUUUUUCAACCAAUAAACCUCUUUAUUUAUCAAUCAGGUGAUAUAUAUUUGAAUAUAAUUCACGUAAUUAUCGAAUUAAAAAGCAAUGCUAAUCCAGCAUCUGUAAAGUGAUUUGUGAUUGUAUGAUAAUCAUAUAGUAUUUCGAGACUAUAAUCUAUAAAUCUUGUAGUGGACUAUACAUAACAUAUACAUAUGUAAUAAUAACUCCUAUUGACAUACAUUCAUUAUUUCAGCGUUUUUCAAACAGUUUACUCUCGUGAAUAUUACUCAUCAAUAUUUUUCUAUUUAAGAGUCAUCUCUAGUUUUCUCAUUAAAUUUAUUGUUAUUGUUAACAAACAUCCUAAUAGUCGCGUAAGAAAAGAGAUAUACCGUUCUACAAUAAAAAAUGUCAUGCUAUUUUUUGAGCCUUAUUGAAAAUAUUGUCAUAAGUAAAAGAAAAGAGAAUUCAGAAAAUGAAACGACACUUUUUAUUGUAGAAUAAUAUACUUUAUUUUCGAGUAUAGUGAAGGUACUUCAUUGUUAUAAAAUAAAUUGAUGCCUUCCAGUGGUCGCCUUUACUUCUAUUUAAACUGAAAACAGUUAACCCCAUUUUGAUGUACGUACAUAUGUAUACACUGUGUCCCAGUUACUAGAGCAAUACACAUAAUAGUUAUGAAUUACUCGCUUAAGCAUUAUUUAAAUUACUGCACGUAAUUAGAGUAGCAAAUGACAGAGACGGGCAAAACCCUAAGCUUGGAAUAAGUCUGAAGUUUGCCGAUAUGUUUGUCUCGUUUUCUCUUUUGAAUAUUUUCCAAAGAAGGAAACGAGACAAACACAUCGGGAAACUUCAAAUUUAUUCGAAGCCUAGGGUUUUGCCUAUCACUGGCAAAUGAAACGUCAUAUAACGUUUCUGCAAGAGAUUUAAUAAAAUUGACCGUCGUAACUUUGUGAAAUAAUAUUAGGUUUCUGUAGAUUUUGAAUUAAUGUAAUUAACAUUGUAGUAAUUUCAAAAUCUUAAUGGAGGCGUGGCAGUAUAUUUUAAACCAACUCUUUAGUUGACUUCCUGGUUAUUAAUUUAAUUAGUAUUUUGUAUUUUGUAAACAAAAUUUAAAGCAACUGAUCUAGAUCUUUAUUUGCACGCCUCUGUUCUUUAGCAUAUCAAAUUGUUUCUUUCUUUCAAUAUAAUAUAGCUCUUAAUGAUAAGAAUGAACCAAAUCAAAUAUUAACAAUCAUAAAGAAAGAUGUAAGGAUAGUAAUACAUUAUAUACUAGUAUAUAAUACAGUACGCAUAGAUGCUUCCGCUUUUUGUAAAAAUACAUAUAAAACACAUUUCAAAUUGACUUACUGCGUUAGUUUCAAAUUUUCUGACUGCUGAUGGCUACUUCUUCAAUUAUGACUGACAUCACAAAUUAUCUCCUCUUUUACGGUAUCGUCGUGCGUUUUCAAGAUUACGCGAAUAAACUUCAUAGAGCAUCAGGGUACAUAGGUAGGCGUUACAAGUGUGAUGUAUCCUUCAACGGCCAUGAAUGGAGAAGUAUUUAACACUCGUCAUGAACAUAUAUUAAAAUAAUCUCAUCUUCUACAAACAUUUGGUAAUAAUUCUUUUACUCCUAUAAUCACGUUCAAUUCCAUGAUAUUACCAAUAUUAAUCCAUAGAAACUGAAUUUUUAGCUAAGUUUCUUUGAAAAUGUUUCAGUAAAAACAUUACAGAAGUAUGAUUGUCAUAAAAGAAUAAUAAACUUGUAAGUGUCUUAAACUGUACUUCAUUGUUUGUUAAUAUUAUUAGUUGCUACAAUAUCCUUACGAAUCAUUUACAACUAUUACAAAAUUUUAUCAUGACAUAUAUUAUUUACGCCGUUAAAUUAAAAAAAUAAAGUGUGUUUAUCUCUUAAAGUACGUCAUACAAAAAAAUACUACAAUGAAUUAUUUAUUUAUUUAUUUUCUUCUUUAGGAUAAAUUUGACUAAAUACAUUAUAUUUAUCACCUUUAUAGUAUUAUAAUAUCUACUUUUCUGUAUAGUGAAAAAAUAAACGAUGAUUUGAACAAAUAAGAAUAUUUUAUCCAUUAUUAACAGUAAAUGUACAGUUUUUGUCCCAUAUUAAUAAUAAUUUCAUACAAAUGGAUGUACUACAUUAGUUAAAAUGAAACACAUCCCGCAAAUGCUAUUUGUAAAUGUGUAUCAUUCAAAUGCAUUCGGAAAAAGUAGUUCAUGCAUCUAACAACUUUGUAAUAUUAUAUAAUACACCUCAUAGCAGCAUGAAGAGAGUAUUCAAAAAUUGUAA